AAUCCGAAAAUCUUUCGCUGAAUUCAGCAAUCUUAAGUACCGCGCCUCACAGUCUGAUUAAAAAUUAAUACCUACAGUAAGCUGGGUUGCGGGCAAUUUUUCAUUAUACGCUGGUAAUUGGCUUUAACAAAUCUCCACUCAUGAAGAUGAGAAGAGGGAAAUCAUCCGGGGCCACACCCUCGGCCUCUAGCAAGGAUGAAAAGGUGAUGGCUCCCAGCUCCAUAUCCCCAGAACCAAACAUGGAUUCUCCAGGCAAGACUCCUCAGUCUGAGGGUGCAGGAGGGAGUGGGACAGAGACAGAGCCCAAACCAGAGGAAGAGAAGACAGGAGAAGGCAGUAAAACCAAUGUACUAGGGACUGGUUCAGCAUCCAUACAGGAGAUGCUAGCUGAGCUAUAUCGUCUAGUCAAAGACACUCAUAAGGGCAAGGAAAGGAGUGAGGCAAAUUUAGGACUGAUUACAAAAACACAAGAGAGUAUUAAUCAAAGUCAGAAGAUAUCACCCUACUAUCGUACAAAACUACGUAGUCUUUACCAGUCUGCAUUGUCAGAUGCAGAAAAUGAAGCAGAAUUAUAUAGAAAAUCACUGGAGAAGAUCACAGAGAUUAAGAACAUACGUAACGAGCAACGUCUGCAGGCAAGGAGUGCUGGACAUCAUUCUGACUCUGAUGGACCAAGAAAAAUUAUGAGGAGAGGGGUACUAAUGAACAUGCUGCAACAGACUGCCAUCACAUUACCGCUGUGGAUAGGCCGUACAGAACAAGAAAAACCUCCUCCUCUGUGUGGUGCUAUACCAGCCGAGUCUAGUUACAUCUCUAAACCAGGCGACUAUAUUGCAGCCAGAGUGAGAGGGAGUGAUGGUGAUGAAAACUGGAUUCUUGCAGAGGUUAUUUCUUUUAACUCAGGCACCAAUAAAUAUGAGGUGGAUGACAUCGAUGAGGAAGGCAAAGAGAGGCAUCUAUUAUCAAGACGGAGAAUAGUCCCUCUUCCUUUGAUGAAAGCCAACCCAGAGACAAACCCAGAAGCUUUAUUUAAGAAGGGAAUGCUUGUGAUGGCACUGUACCCCCAAACGACAUGUUUCUAUCGAGCAUUAGUAGAGCGACCGCCAGAAGGGCCUAUUGAUGACUACUCGGUAUUAUUUGAGGAUAACUCUUAUGCAGAUGGCUACUCACCGGCAUUGAAUGUGGCACAGAGGUACGUCGUCCAGGUCAAAGAACCAAGGAAAAGAUGAAGGUAUCUUCAAAGUUUCCAAGGAUGAGCAACAUCUCCUUGACUUCUUUGGAAUGAAUCAAAUCUUUGAGCAAGGUCUCCUUGAAUCUUGAAAUUAUCAAAACACUAAGACCUUCAACCAAAGGUGUAUGUGGCAUCUUCUCAUUUUAUCUUUGAAUAUAAGGAUGAUUCAUAGCAUAAGAACCCUUCGCCAAGAUCUUGAAGGAUGGUCCAUCCCUCCUUGACUUCUUACAAAAUAUCAAUGUAGUGAGUUCCUCUUCUUGCAUGCAAUGUCACCUCGCUUUACUAUGCAGGUGAUGUUAGGUAGUUUGCUCUAUCAUCAAGAAUGACUCACUGUGAAAAGCGAUACCUUGAACACCAUGUCAUCAGGCAUGUACCAAUGUGGCCCAUUCAGACUACUUUUGAUUCAGGAACGGAGACCGAAUCAGCUUAAUCAGCCAGUUGACCUAAAUUUCUGGAACUCUCUAGGUUGGAUUCUUGCGGGUGUUUCACAAAGAUUUAUGUCUCACUUAAAAAUCACACGUCUGAUUGCAUGUGGUAUAGAACACCUGUCACCGGGCUACCACAUUGAUCAGGUAAAGUUCCAAGGAUGCGUGCUACUGUGUUAUAUACCAUUGUUUUAACAAGCCAUCUUAGUCAUCCCUAGUGAGUUGAAAUGGCACUGAUGAAGUCACCUUGCAGUAAACCUAUCAUUGAAAUACACUUCACCAAACUGGCUUUGAUAAGUCCCUUUCCCUCAGUCCAUUUCUAGAUUUAUCUACAUGGUAUGUUGAAUUAAUUUAGUCUAUAAAUAUUUAUUGUUAAAAAAAGAAAAAAAGAAACUAGUGUGUUCAUAUAAGGUUGUUUCAUAAUGGUUGUUAAUGUGUAAGAUACUGCAAUCAUGCCAUUUGAUUAGCUGAAACUUCUUAUUUGUUGUAAAUGUUUUCUAUAAUAGGGCACAUGUUUUAUCGUUUUUAAUCUGGAAUUAAUAUCUGUAGUAACCUUUCAUAAUUUAACCACACCUUGAAAGCAUUUUAUAUACAUCCUUAUUUAGUUCACUCUUUGGAUUUAGUGUAAUAUGAUUCGGAUACACAUGCUAUUUAGACAUGAUGGAUUCUCAACUGCACAGGUGAAACUUAUGCUCCUGCAAUUGCCAGAUCAAUAAUAUCUCACACACCUAUUUCGAAUGAUCUCUGACCUUUGACUUUGAGGCCUAAAAAACCAAGCAGAUCAUCUUCACUCACAUACAUGUACAAAUGAACCAAGUUUGAACUUGAACCCAAAAUAAGUUCUGCUGACUAAAAUGAUGACAAUAUAUUUUCAGAUGUUGUUUGAAGGUUUGUAUGGUGGCAUGUACAAUCGUUGAUGUGGUUUACGGUACACCAUGUGGAGUGUUAUAGAAGAAGAAAACAAAUGGCCUAUCCAUUUCUUUCCUUUUCGUUUUCUUAUUCUAUAAUACUCCGCAUGGUGUACCAUAAACCACAUUGACAAUAUAUUUGUAGGUUUUAAGUCAAGCAGAUCUUUAGUUAUCAUGAGAACGAAAACUGGAUGGAUGACUCCAAUACACAAUGUCUCUGGCAACCACCUACAGUAGAUGAGAG